AUGAAUGGCGAUUUAAGUCUAUCCCAGUCCCUGGGAGGACUACGGAUAGCAAAUCCAGAUGAUUCGCCUUUACCAUCAGAGGAUGCGACCGCGGGUUCGAUGGGUUUCAGUCCAUCCGGCCAACCGGACGGUUCGGUGUCAACAGGUCCACAGAUUCGCGCGCCGAGCGACGAGGCCCUAUCGGCAUUUCCUCCUGCACCCUACGAGGCACCUGCACCCAUCGAAAACCGGACAUCCGUCGUCUAUACACACCCUGAUUCCCUCCCACCGUCCGCUCCUUAUCAGCCUUACACCUCCACACAUCCCCACGCCAAUCCGCCGAACCCUUCCCGACCCCUUUCCAAUUUAUACGCCAACGGUUCGACCUCCUCCGUACUUCCCCGAGACAACACAUAUCGCAUACGAACGGACUCCGGUGCAUCAUCCACUUCGACAUCUCACUCUCGGAAAGACGUCCGCGGUGCCGCCGUAGCCUUGCAAGCCGGUGUUCCAGUGCGCGACAACUCCCACAGCGACCGUUCUUACCGAACAACGCAGAUCCCGGCCAAUGGACCGGUAAUGCGUCAGUCAUCCAGAGCACACGCCCGAGGAACCACACACUCUCAGAUGGCCCGAACUCCCUACGGUAUGGAAAACGGACCAGCACCCAGCAGUGACGAUUGGCAGGAUCGCGGAGCUGCGGUCUCAGUAAGACAGGAAGUGGACGCCAAUGGGAAAACUGUUUCCCGCUACAUCAAAAAGGGCGUUCGGGAUUUCUCGUUCGGAAAUACCCUUGGAGAAGGAUCAUACAGUACAGUGGUAUUUGCAACGGAUCGACAAACUUUGAAGGAAUAUGCGAUCAAGAUUCUAGACAAGCGACACAUCAUCAAGGAGAAAAAGGUGAAAUAUGUCAACAUUGAGAAAGACACUUUGAAUCGCCUUACCGACCACCCAGGAAUUGUGCGCCUAUACUAUACCUUCCAGGAUGAACGUUCGCUAUACUUUGUGCUAGACCUUUGCAAAGGAGGCGAGCUUCUGGGUGUUCUCAAGCGCAUGACUACUUUUGACGAAGAGUGCACCAAGUUUUACGGUGCCCAGAUCCUCGAUACGAUAGAUUAUAUGCACAAGCGUGGUGUUAUUCAUCGAGACCUGAAGCCCGAGAAUGUUUUGCUCGACCACCAGAUGCAUAUCAAGAUUACCGAUUUCGGCACAGCAAAGAUCCUCAAAUCCUCACCAAGACCAACCGAGAGUACCAGCUCAAUUCCGCAAAUGGACGUAACGGAAAUUCCAGAGGAAGAGCGGGCGAGCUCAUUUGUUGGUACUGCGGAAUACGUUAGCCCCGAAUUGUUGACAGACAAGAAUGCUUGUAAGGCAAGUGAUCUGUGGGCAUUUGGUUGUAUCAUUUACCAACUGCUGGUCGGUCGUCCGCCUUUCAAAGCGGGCAAUGAGUACCAAACAUUUCAAAAAAUUGUGGCCUUGGACUAUGAAUUCCCAAUCGGAUUUCCCGCCGUUGCUCGCGACCUUGUGGAGCGUCUUCUGGUGCUUGACCCAGUCCAGCGGUUGCAGAUUGAGCACAUCAAGAACCACGAGUUCUUCACUGGUAUUUCCUGGGGAACUGAUCUGUGGAAACAAAAAGCCCCCCGGCUGAAGGCCUACGUCCCGCCUCCUCGUGAACCAAUCAAACUUAAUGGUGACGGCAGCGAGAGCUUCCCUCCCACGAUCUCAACGGCCCCAUCCAACGCACCAAAUGCCAGCUCCCGUGCUCUUCCUAGAGUGGUCACUGAGCUGCCUCCGCCCAGUCAACUCGAUAUUGAAUGGUCACCGGUAUUGAGCAGGUCUAAUGAGCGAAUCCUGAAGCUGGGUAACAUGGUUGUGCUGUCCUCGCCUGCUUCCCAUAGUCCAACCUCCAAGAAUGGUAGCAGCGAAGCCGAGGCUCCCAAGAAGUUUUCGCGUUUCUUUUCUAGCGGAGCAACGAAGAAACGACAACGGUUGGUCAUGGUCACCUCGUCUGCGCGGAUCAUUUUAGCUGCAUCUGGGGGCGAUGAAAAGAAGGCAAAACUUGAGAUAUCUCUCCUUGCCGCCGGAACACACUGGAGGAGUACAACAGACGCCAAAGGACAUUCAUCGUGGAUUGUGGAUACAAGAGAUAAACACUAUGUCUUUGAGGAUCCUAAACCAUCAUCAAGCAAUAUCGGGUCUACAGCAGUUUCAGCCCAAGAAUGGCUGGACGCACUAGACCGAGCUCGUGAGAUGGCUUUGACACAACAAAGAUCUGGAUCUUAUACAGCCGAAGACGCAUUCCGCAACAUGUCUUCUGGUUUUUCUAGUCACGCCAACACCCUUGACCGUUCUACCGAACUUCAGAAUGAGAACAACGUGCCUCCCCCGGGGCGGAAUACGUUGCAGAAGCAACAAGCCGAUACGGAAUCGGUCAAGGGGAAGAAGAGAUUUAGCCGACGUCAUUCUAAGAAUGGCCUUGCUGCUGUUUUCUAA